ACUUCCGGGUCUGGGGAUAGCCCGGGCAUUCAAUGCCGGCCGUGGCACAGCGCUGGCAGCCGGGGCGUGUCUCAUCGCACUAACAGCGUCAAUAUCAUCAUCGUCGACUCUUGGCUGAGGACUGCCAAGACCUACCUUGAGAUGGCGUUGCUUACAUCGUUCGCAGGCGCGGUUCGACGGUACGCCAGGCAUGGUACGGACGUGCUCUCUAGACAGGACAGGAGAUCGAAGAUGCUUGCAGCCAGACCAGACGUACGCAGGGGGGUUGGGCAAAGCACCGCCUCGUCGAGGGCGUCGAGGGCAUCGCACAAUGGCGUGCGUUGGGACCCACCGGCGACGACGGCGAGAAAUGGCGCCGAUCAGAGCGUCGAUCCUCCGGCCAGCUCCAGCGACACGAAGAUGGCGCUGCAGACUACGGGUGCUUGGGCGGCAUCGCAAGAGGCAUGA